AUGGCAGCGGAGCGCGCCCGCAAAGCGGCGGCCGCCGGUGCCCGCGGCCCUGGGGAGCCGGGCGCGCCCGGGACGGUGGCGCUGGCGGCGGCGCGGGCGGAGCGCUGCGCGCGGCUGCCGAGCCCGGGGUCGUGCGGGCUGCUGGCGCUGGCCCUCUGCUCGCUGGCGGUCAGCCUGCUCGCCCACUUUCGGACGGCCGAGCUGCAGGCCCGGGUGCUGCGCCUGGAAGCGGAGCGCGGGGAGCAGCAAAUGGAGACGGCUAUUUUGGGACGAGUUAACCAACUGCUGGACGAGAAAUGGAAGCUCCACUGGAGGAGGCGCCGGGAAGUUCCGAAGAUGGCUCCAGGAUGUAACUGCCCACCAGGGCCUCCUGGUCUCAUUGGAAGACCUGGACUCCCAGGAGUAAAGGGCCAACCGGGCGAGAAGGGUGCCCCCGGAGAUGCUGGCAUGUCCAUCAUCGGUCCCCGCGGCCCCCCUGGUCAGCCGGGCACCCGAGGCUUUCCUGGAUUUCCGGGUCCCAUUGGACUAGACGGCAAACCGGGCAACCCAGGACCAAAAGGGGAGAUGGGUCUGACGGGUCCCCGAGGACAGCCGGGACCUCAAGGACAAAAAGGAGAAAAGGGUCAGUGUGGAGAAUACCCGCACCGGCUGCUGCCUCUCCUCAAUUCAGUGCGACUGGCUCCACCCCCAGUCAUAAAAAGGCGGACCUUCCAGGGUGAACAGGGCCAGGCCGGCAUCCAAGGGCCACCAGGGCCACCAGGCCCCCCUGGACCAAGUGGACCCCUGGGGCAUCCAGGACUGCCAGGGCCCAUGGGGCCACCUGGCUUACCUGGGCCUCCUGGACAGAAGGGAGACCCAGGGAUCCAGGGCUACCACGGCCGGAAGGGAGAACGGGGCAUGCCAGGGAUGCCGGGCAAGCAUGGAGCCAAGGGAGCUCCUGGGAUCGCCGUGGCUGGAAUGAAGGGUGAGCCGGGGACCCCAGGAGCCAAGGGUGAGAAAGGGGCUGCAGGCUUCCCCGGGCUGCCUGGCCUCCUGGGGCAGAAGGGAGAGAAGGGCGAUGCUGGCAACUCCAUUGGGGGAGGUCGGGGGGAGCCGGGCCCUCCAGGACUCCCUGGGCCUCCAGGGCCAAAGGGAGAAGCAGGAGUGGACGGCCAGACUGGCCCCCCAGGGCAGCAAGGAGACAAGGGAGAGCCCGGAGCAGCUGGAGAACAGGGACAAGCUGGUCCCAAGGGCUCCAAAGGAGAGCCAGGGAAAGGAGAGAUGGUGGAUUAUAAUGGGAACAUCAACGAGGCUCUCCAGGAGAUCCGAACGCUGGCCUUGAUGGGGCCUCCUGGUCUUCCCGGGCAAAUUGGUCCACCUGGAGCUCCAGGGCUUCCAGGCCAGAAGGGGGAGAUUGGACUGCCAGGCCCUCCAGGACACGAUGGGGAAAAGGGACCUCGAGGCAAACCAGGAGACAUGGGUGCCCCUGGUCCCCAGGGGCCCCCAGGAAAAGAUGGGCCUCCGGGAAUGAAGGGAGAAAACGGACACCCAGGGAGCCCAGGAGAGAAGGGAGAGAAAGGGGAGAUGGGACAAGCAGGCUCACCGGGGCUCCAAGGUGUUCCUGGACCAAAGGGGGAAGCAGGACUAGAUGGAACAAAAGGAGAAAAGGGCGCCCAGGGAGAAAAAGGAGACCGAGGUCCUCUGGGAUUACCCGGUACUCCAGGACCAAUUGGAGUUCCAGGCCCAGCAGGACCAAAGGGCGAGAGGGGCAGCAAAGGAGACCCUGGGAUGACAGGACCAACGGGAGCAGCUGGGCUUCCUGGUUUACAUGGACCACCCGGGGACAAAGGAAACCGGGGACAUCGAGGUUUUAAAGGAGAGAAAGGGGAGCCGGGGUUACCAGGCCUGGACGGACUGGAUGCCCCAUGCCCAUUGGGUGAAGACGGCUUACCAGUCCAGGGCUGCUGGAACAAGUGAUGCCUCUAACCUUGGACUGGCCUGUGUGU